GAGAAUUUAAGGUCCCCAACACUUUACAUCAUCCCUCAUGAUGAACCGAUUCCGCCCAAAUCGUGAGGGCCGGAUCCAGGAUCGCGAAGAAAACAACAGGAUUGCAAGAUCGAUGACUCCAAGCCCAAUGCGCCCCGUAAUCUCGGCUGAAACGGUGACAGGCAAGCAUCCCCGGUUUCUCGGUGAUGUUUUCUUACGCCGGGAGAUGAUCAGCUAGUUAUUUUGUUCCGCAAAAUUAAUCUCUAUUUCUAUUUCGACGAAACCUGCGCCAAAGCCAAAGACAUCGCACUCCCAAGCGCCAGUCACGGAGAUGGCACUUAAUUUCUUCUCAGGA